AUGCCGUUGCAAAGCAUCAACUUUGGCGACCUCAACGAUGGCAUUGAUUGGGUGAACGCCAUCCCCCCCCACGUCGCUGCGCAGCAGCAAAUUAACGAGGCUCUACGUGUGUUGCACCACCCGGCAUCCUUGUUUUUGGCGUGGCCUCUUCCGGAGGACAGCUUCCCUGUCCCUCGGGCGAUACGGCUCAGACGAGAGGCGGAAUCCCGUGAAAUGGCCUCCCGAAGUCGGCGUGGCCUUGUGAACUCGCGAGCGGAGGCGGCUCAGAUGCAAUGGGAUCGAACGCAGCGAGGUCAGCUGAUUCCGCGCAGCAAUCCGAACUCGGAGCCCGCGGCUCGACGGCCGGCUCCGGAAAGAAUUGUCGCUCAGCAGCACACACAGCAGCUGCAGCGACAGGCUCCCCGUGCAGCGCAUGUCGACUCUUCGCUUGCGCGCUUGGCGAACUCCGGGUUGGAUCCACAUGUUUCCCAGCUUGUCUCGUACAUGGAUGAAAUGAUGAACCUAGGUCUUGACCAGCACGCAUCCGUAGGAAACUCCGCCAUUGCGUUUAGAGGAGAGAGUUUACACAUCUCCUCAACGAGCGGAGCAGGGGGCGCCGGUGGAGUUCCCACCUAUACUCGCGUUGCGGUGUCCAUGCAGGUACCAGCAGAUGCAUCACCUCAGUUUACUGCGCAUGUCGAGAGGGGGGCGCUGCAGCCCCGUCAUCGCUCUCAGCAAAACAGGAGCGGUGUCGCAUAUGACAUCAUUACGGGACAGGGAGGGGAGCCACUUACCCAGGUCACCGCAGCGAACCGAACGAGAAGGUCACGUGGGGGCAAUAGCGGUGUUUGGGAGAUUGAUGACUUUUCAUUCGAAAACCUGCUACAGCUUGACGAGGGCAACAAACCCGCCGGGCUUUCGUUACAACAGAUUCGUGGAAUGAGGGCUGUUCCCUACUCCUGCGUGGAGCCAAAAAAGAGCGGUACAAGGGAGUCAGGUAAGAGGUCUGCAGGGGGUGGGGAAGCAUGUCCAAUCUGCCUAGAGGAAUAUUCCUCCGGAACAAUGGUGCUUAAGAUUGGCUGUGGGCACGUAUUUCAUCACGGUUGCAUUGCAAAGUGGCUGAAAGAAAGUAACCGGUGUCCCACAUGCCGAUACGAGAUCCCACGCUUGCGAGAAAGGGGAAGGUGA